AUCGUUAUCAUCAGUUGAGUGUCAGUGAACGAACGAAACACCAUGAAACUUUUCCUUACCCUUCCGUUGACGCUGAGCGUGGCGAUGGUGUUUGCUCUGCCCGCACACCAUCACUCCAGGGGUGGCUCGUCCGCCAAUAGUACUGGCCAAAGCUACAACAACUCCGGUUCGCCCAACAACUCUGCCGGCGUGCCUGACUUUGGGUUCAAUUCGCAAUCAAACGUUCCUGGAUUUGGAAAUGGCCAACAACCGGGACAACAGCAGCAGGGACAGCAAGGUCAGGGAUUCCCAUUCUUCGGUCAGGGGCAGAGUGGCUUCCCCACCUUUGGAGAUAGACAACCGUUCUUCGGGCAGAAUCAGCAGGGUCAGGAUGGAAAUGGUCAGCAAGGACGAGGCAUCCCGUUCUUCGGCCAGGGAGGCGGCCAGGGCGGUAUUCCGAGCUUUGGAAGCGGACAACAGAAUGGAGGCAUUCCUUCCCUCGGCAACGGACAGGGACAGAGCGGAUUCCCGAGCUUCGGAAACGGUCAACAGGGUGGAAACUUCCCGUUCUUCGGUUAAAGUGCUCGUCUAAGCUAAAUAUUAUUGAAAAUUGAAGAUGGAACAUCGAUAGAGAAACUAAAUUUGUGGAAAAAAAACUAUAUCAGCUUUUACAUCGAAUAUAAAUAUCAGGCGAUUAAAAUAAAUGUAGUGUAUUGGAAUGAAAAA